AUGGAGCCCAAGGCGGCUGUUCUCGUCAGCGCAUUGCUUUGCCUGGCGCUCUCCCGCGGCGCGCUGUCCCAGAAGGCACGGGCCCCGAUCGUCGAGACCCCGGCGCCGGCGCCGGCCCCGCGCCACGUCGAGCUCGCCGAACUGCUCUCCCUCGCCGGGCCGUAUGGCAAGUUCCUGGAGUACCUCACCAAGACCGACGUGAUCAAGACGUUCCAGAGCCAGGCCAACGACACGAAGCAGGGCAUCACCGUCUUCGCGCCGCAGGACUCGGCGUUCGCGGCCCUCAACGAGACCGUGCUGUCCAACCUCACUACCGACCAGCUCCGGUCGCUCAUGCUGCACCACGCCAUGCCCAGUUACUACCAGCUCUCGGCCUUCUCCGCGCUGGCGGCGGCGAGCCAGGUGUCCAUGUUUGCGUACAAGGUGAACGUCACCUACGCCGCGGGCACGAUCGGCGUCGUGUCGGGCUGGGCCACCGCCAAGCUCGCCAGCAGCGUGUACUCGACGUCGCCCGUCGCGGUGUACGCGCUCAACAGGGUGCUGCUGCCCAAGGAGAUCUUCCCGGCUGCCCCGGAGAUGGCGCCCGUGCCUGCGCCGGCGCCGGCGCCGGGACGUGGGGGCAAGGCGAUGGCUGACGCGCCGGGCGCCAGCGAGCGUGCUGCCAGUGACAAUGCGGACGCCAAGAGUUCGUCCUGCCGGGUCGUUGGCGCAGGGAGCCUUGCACUUGGCUACGUGGUUCUGCUGGUCUCCGGGUUUUUGAUGGUGUAG